UUUGAGUUGGAAAAACUUAGAAGAUGAAGAUUGUUUAGCUGGAUUCGGUUAAAAACAAUAAUUAAAAACACACAUAUAAUGCCAGAAAUAUUUUAAUGCGAGUAGUUAGAACCAUGACUUUCUCUCAAGAUUAUUACCAAAAUCCCCUGUUUUGGUGGCAUACUUGAUGCGGCGACCGAGAAAUGUCCGAGCAGGAUUUGGUAGCCGAAUGUAGUACUGAUGUUUUAGUCAAUUUUACUGAGUCCCUACAUGUCUACACAGGACUCUUGACAGUUGCUACAGUUUGUGGUGGACUUUCGGGAAUUUUAGCGGCUGCCCUUGUGUAUGUCUUCUGCCUAAAGACUUUAAUUUUGACGAGACAAGGGCACAAUGCAAGAAGGCUACUUGAACCUGAUGAUGGAAAAGUGGAAAACAAUACCAGCGAUCAUACCAGUAACAUCCGAAAAGAGGCCCCGCCUCCGUCAACUACUGAGAAGAAGCAGGAACCCAUGAGUAGCGAAAUUGCAGCAUUUGCAUCAAAAGCAAAAGUGGUUUACCCCAUCAACCAAAAAUACAGACCUUUAGCAGAUGGAGCAUCCAACCCUUCUCUUCAUGAGUGCUCGAAAUUGCCAACAAUGCCAAAAGACAAUUCGUCGGCAACCUUCAGCGAAGGAGAGUCGCUAAGCCAAGAGCUGGACAACGACGACGAGAGCCAGUUCAUCUCCUCCUCAUUGGUCCCAAAGAGUCUGCAGAACCAGAGUUUUGUCAGAGUCUCUCACUACCCCUAUAUUCUGACACAAACAGGUUUUGAAGCAAGGAUAAACCUCCAUUGCUUGGCCUUAACAGAUGUACAACAACUUUACUCUCAACUUCUGGAAGAAAAAUAUAUUGUUUACCUUCAAAUGGUGAAAAAAAUAUUUUGCAGUCAUUUUCCAAAAGACAAAAAUGAUGCUAAUUUCACCAAGAAGAUUCUUCAAAUGCAGCAAAAGGAAGUGGAUGAUCUAAAGAAACAGCUACCAACAGGUCAUGCUGCCAGUAAUGACAAUGUUGAUAAUCCUUGCACCUUGGAGGAAAUGGAAAGAAGUCAAAAAGAUUUUCUAGAACGCAGUCUUCAAAUGUCCAAAAGCUUCAGCAAAGUAGUGGAAGAGCUAACCCAGCAUGUAAUGAAAAGGACCAGCAGUUUCACUGUGGAAGAAGCACUUGAUGGUACAGUUUCUCUCAACCAGACCCUCGUGUUGGUUGAGAAUCACCUAAUGAAAGUUCAAGAAGCACAACUUAUGAUAAUCCACCAGAAGCUCUUAUGGUGGGAGGAGCUUUCAGGACUUCUCCAAUCCCAGCCUUCCUUGGUCCAACAGGAAAUGUGUCUGAUGCAGGGCUUAAUGACUACGACACUCGAGCAGCUAACCAGCGAGGAUGUUUUGACUUUUAACUGUAUGGAAAAGAUACUUUCAGAAGUGCAGCACGCACUUAUAGAAGGCCUUCAACAGUGCAGAGAGGAUUACACAAGAAAAACAAAGGAGUUGCUGGUUGAAAAAUGUAGCAAAAUGGAUGCCAAGCGAAACAAACUUUGCCAGAGCCAGGCCAAAGAGAGGAGCCGUAUGCUGGAGCUCAGACAAGCUCAUGGUGACCCAGAACAGCUCUCAAAGGAGUACCAAGAGCUACUGUUAAAACAAAGAUGGAAACUUUGUGAUUUGGAACUGCAACAGGACAACCGAAUGGCUGACAGUCUUUCUAACGUUUGGACAAAACUCCGCACUACUUGGUCAAAGAGGCUUGAAGAACAAGUCAGGGGUAUCUUUUGCAUUUCUGUUACUGCCCAGAGCAAACUGUCUGAUCAAGAGAGUCAAGCGCUGUGGCUGGAUGUAGAGCAGCAGCUCUCUGCACAACGGCAGCAGAUGGAGGCUACAACUAGAUUUCAAAUGGACCAAAUACAGGUUCAGAUAGAUCACGAACGACAGGUAUGGAAUGAGUCAAUGGCUUUGAUAAAUGCCAGCCUCAAACAUCUGAAGAAUCAGCAGAUGAAGAGCCUGCGAGCCAUGGUGCUCAGUCAGAGCUACACACUCAACAGCCAAGUGGCGAAGUUGCUGGACAAGAAACAUGAGCACCUGCUGGCGUGCGUGCAGCGCGACUUCACGGCCAGGCGCUUUUCUCUGCACAUGCUGAAAGAGAUGAGACUGUCCAAGCUGAAGGUUCUGUCUCAGACAGACUUUCGUGCUCUGUUGAUAAAGGACCCUGCCACAGUCCAGUUGUGUGUUGAUUCAACUCUUAAGGCCAGCAGCGCAAGCCUAGCAGAGAAGCAUCUGGGUCCAGAGAGUCAGUUGGUGAGCCACAGUUUCCAUCAGGAGUUCCUUUCAGAGUUGGAAACAGGGGCGGAGCUUCUACAAAACCAUGCACAGCUGGUGCUAGGGAAUGCCAUCAGCCAUGCCGUCUUGCAACUAAUGGAAGGCCAGCCAUCUGAAUCACAAAGCAGGUCCAGGAAUAACGAUAGUUUGAAGAACCAUCUAACAGAGGCAGUUUCUGAGAGUGUGUACGUUACCAAAGAUUCGCUUACCACUCUCAUUCAAAGAUACUAUUCAAGCAUGCAAGAUAUUGCUAAAAAACUACAACCUCAUCAGUCAAAAACAGACCUUGAUUUGACUGAGGAAGACUCAAGUAGUAGUCAGUUGAAGAAAGCUUUGCUGAGAGAGCUGGAGAACUGGGGAAGAAAACCUACCUCAGCUAAGUUUCAACAAAGAGUUGAGCUGCACAAAAGGAAAUUGUUAGAGCAGUGCGAUCUAGAACAGGAGAUGGUUUGUGAGGAACUGAGACAAAGGAAAGUAGCCCAGGAUCAAACCUUAGAAAGGAUCGAUGGACAACUACAGGAGGCAGAAAGAAGCUUCAUAAGUGAUUUGGCAGCAUUGGCUCGGGUUUCUCUACCCAGUCCCGAGACAGAAGACAGUGAUGAUGAUAACACCACAGGGGAAGUGAAUGUCUCUAUUAUGGAACUCCUUGCCCGGAACCCAGCUCUAGAUCCAGCCUUGAAUCCAUCACUAACCCCGACAGUUGUUACGCCAGCCGUGCCCAAACCGGCAAAGAAGAAAAAAACAGGGCGAGAGUCUCAUAUUAGUUGAAACCAGUUAUUUUAAAACAGUUGGUCCUGUAUAUACGGUUUUAAAAAAGAUGAAAACUCAAUUUUGUUGUACAUUUUACUUGCUUUUUUUUUUUUAAUAUAAUACAGCUUAGGUUUUUAGACAAACGGAAUCUCAUGCACAGUAUUUGUCCAUCCAUCGAUUUGUUUUCUAGUGCUCAUUAGGCACAAAUAAGCAUGCGGCCAGACAUAAGUCAAUUGUGCUUACCACUGGGUUAUUGAGCUUUGUCUUAUUUGCACUGUACAAUAUGUAACAUUUAGAGGUACUUUUGAUUAAAAAUAUAAACCAUUAUAAAAAUUGAAAAAAAAAAGCAACAACAGAUGUCAUAGUUUGGAGCAGUUUUCAUUUUCAAAGGGAGUAGGAAGAAGUGCAAGAACAUGUAGUCAUAUCCCAUAUUUAUCAUUAUUUGUGAACACUAGUACAUUAUUCAUAUUCAAUAAUGUUAUAUUAGAUGCUUAAUUUUCAAUUUGUAUUGUUUUUUUUAAUUGAUUGUUUGGUACCUGUGUUCAUUAGUAAAUCCAUCCAUAUAUUUUCUUACCAUUACAACUUACAAACAACAAAAGUUUACUUUUCUGCUAUAGCUGCAUCUGCUCUUAUGGCAGUGCUUCUCAAUUGUUUUCUGUUACGCCCCCCCAAGGAAGACAUAAAUGUUCCGCGCCCCCCCAAACUCUCUGCCGCCACUGUAAAUAGUAUCAUUUGUCUAUAAAAUUACUAUUAUAAGUACGCCUCUGCCUAACAUUGUCCUUUUUUUCUAUCAAAGAAAAAAAGUAACAUAGAUCAACUUAUAAUAAAGUAUAACUUUAUUAACAAUGUUUUGUUUGUAACA